UGUUCGGGCUCGGUCGUGCUCGGUUGCGAGACAAAAAAAUGUUUAAAUAUUAAAUGUGUAUUAACAAAAUUAAAUGUUUAGUUCUGUAUAUUUAUUUAUAUAGUUGUCUGUGAAAUUCUAAAAUAAAUUUCUUGUGGAGCGCAAUAAUCCCUUACCCCCUCUGAGGUUUAAAUCAAUUUCCCUCUUUCCCACGAGCAUACCUAACGGCAACUUUGUUAAUUGUUUUUGCAAACUGCACAGUGUUUUUAAGUAGUUAAAGUACUUGAUGAAAUAAUUAAGUAUUGAUUGUCGCUGUUUUCCCCGUCCUUUAUCUACAUAUGUGCCUGUGUUUGAGUGUCUCUUAAGUGUGCGAAAUUGCAAUGCGUGUCCGUAUUGAAUUUUCUUGAUUUCCCCAACCGCGUCGUAACUGCAUUCAACACUUACAUACAAACAUAUGUAUGCACGUACAUUGUUUUUAUGGAUAUACGGAUACACCUAUUAAAUAGUGCCGACAAAGCCACAGCCAUCGACGGUGAGCAAAGAUGACGCAAAGCAAACAGUCACUGGGGGGGUCAUCCGCCUACGCCCCCUGCUCCUCCAACAACUAUGGAACAUGCUCCUCCACCAGCGCUGCAGUGGCUGGAGACCCUUCACCUUCGCAUGACAUUUUGCUAAACAAUUUCCAGCUUAAGAAAAAGUCCUAUCGAGUGCUGCUGCAUGGCCAACAGCUGGUGUGGGAGCGCAUGCAGAAGGUGAAGCAGUCAAAGAGCAGCCACGAGAUCAAGGCACCGCUGCCCGAGGAUCCGCCCUCACCAGAGGCACACCGGGGCUACGGCCCUAAGAGUCACAUACUCCACUUGGACGAUGUGAUCAGUGUACGGGCGGGAGACACCAAGAUAGCCUCCGUCAAGCCGCCGGAUCCCCAGGCAAUCAAUGGGCCAGGGGAGCAUCAGCCCGACUCCAGGCCCACAUCUCAGUACCUGACCAUCAACUAUGCCCUGCGUCUGACCAAGUCCCAAACGGACUGCAAUCGCUGGGAGCUGCGACGCCUCACGUUCUUCAAUGCGGAUCCGUACAUCGUGCGCCAGUGGGACCAGGAGCUGCAGGCCCGUGUGCACCAGUCGUCGCCCACCCGAAUGCGAGUGCGCCGCCUGCUGGUGUUCAUCAAUCCGUAUGGUGGCCGGAAGGCCGGUUCGCAGACAUAUGAGCGGCACGUCCGGCCCAUAUUCCAGUUGGCGGGGAUCGAUGCCACGUGCAUUACCACCCAGCGGGCGAACCAAGUGCGGGACAUCCUGCUGAGCCACGACCUGAGCUGCUAUGACGCCGUCUGCUGUGUGGGUGGUGAUGGCACUGUGGCGGAGGUCAUCAACGGCCUGCUCUUUCGGCGAAUGCGGGAGCUGGGCCUGGACGAGCAGCGACCCUCGUAUAUACCGCGACCAGAGAUCCCAGUGGGUGUAAUCCCAGCGGGAAGCACGGACACCAUUGCCUACAGCAUGCAUGGGACGGCAGAUGUCCGCACGGCGGCCAUACACGUGAUCCUCGGCCAGCAUCGCGGCCUGGAUGUGUGCAGCGUGAGCAACAGCCAAUCGCUGUUAAGGUUCUGCGCCAGCGUCCUCAGCUACGGCUACCUGGGGGACGUGGCUGCUCAGAGCGAGAACUACCGCUGGAUGGGGCCCACGAGGUACGAGUACAGCGGCGUCAAGGCCUUCAUCUGCAAUCGGGGCUACGACGCGGAGCUGCGGCUGCUGGAGGAGCCGGAUCUGCAGCCCACACCGCUGGAGGAGCAUCUCCCGCAGAGUCCGGACAGUGUGUGCUCUCUGGGCGAAUCUGUGCCCUCCAUUUGCUAUGCCAAUUGUCAGCGCUGCAGCUUCGCCAGCUCCAUACAGGAGCAGCAACGCUCCUCUCUGUUUGUCCGCGAGGAAGACGCUGAAGUCGAGCCGACAAGCAGCGCCGCACUGGAGGAGGCUGACCCAGAGGAGUCGCACCUGACGCCCAGCGAGGCGGCGCUGCUCAGGCCCAGGCCGCGACCCGACAAGCUUCAGCUGCCAGUGGGCUCCGCUCCCUCCAUGAAGAGUCUUGCCUCUGAGCAAUGGAAAGUCAUAAAAGGCAACUUCUUUAUGAUCUGCGGCGCCAAUAUUACCUGUGCCUGUGCACGCAGUCCCAACGGCAUCUCCCGGUAUAGUCACCUGGGCGAUGGCUGCUUGGAUCUGAUUCUCGUCAAGAAGACCUCGCUGCUCAAUAACGUGAGAUUUCUGUUGAAUACAGCCGGCAGAAGCGGAGAUAUCCGAAAUUUGCCGUUUGUGGAGGUCUAUCGCACAAGAAAAUUCCAGUUUAGGACAUUCGCAGCGGCCAGCGAUGAGAGCUACAGCAUUGCAGGCUCUUGCCAGCCGAUAGCAGAGGCGGAGGUCGGCAACAGCAGCAGCGCCUCCUCUGUGUAUUCCAGCUGGAACUGUGAUGGCGAGGUGGUCACCGAUUUGGACAUAACCAUGAGAUCACAUUGUCAGCUUAUUGAGGUCUUCAUGCGUGGCCCACAUUCCUACAGCAAGCCGCUCAAGAGCGGCACUGCCCCCUCAACGCCAGCCAGCUCCAGCGAUAAUGUCUACUGCUGCUGCAAGGACUAGAAUAAGCUUUAAACAUAAGUGUAUCUAAACCUAAACUAAACCAUUUGGCCGUGACAAGUA